UCAGCUUUUUUAAAAAGUUAACCGAACUUCCCCAAACGUAACUUACACAGUGACAAAAGAACGGAGACUGUAUAUAAUCGAGUCCGCCCUGUAUUAUGUUUUCAUUUAAGUGGAUAGGCAAUCGAACGAUUUGCAAGCAGCAGCAUCUGUGCAAUAACUUCGCCGAUGUUAUUACGCAAAGCACAACGUGGAGAGCCGUUUCCAGUGGAUACAACAUUUUCAACAUAAGUUCUCCUAUCGGAAAAUUCCCCAUCUCUUAAUGCGAAGCAAACCCUAAACAUCGCAUCGGAAGAGCAUCUGAUACCAUAUUCUCGCUCUGCGGUCGAGUGACUCCCUCUCUUGUGAGCCUUCAAGCCUUCUCCGAAACCGACAAACCAACCGACAGGAUCGAAUGGUCCUCUCAUCGGAUUCGAAUUCAGUCUUCAUCGCUCCAUUCUUACCGACUGAACUGAAACCGAAGCACCACUGCUAACUAAAAACCCGUACCCAAUCAAAAUUUUGCAAAGCCUGACUGAAAAACUGUGUUUGCCGAUAGUAUUUUUUGUUAAGCUUCUGGGUGUGCACUUUUUCGUUUAAUUCUCAGUGUUAGCUCGCGAAUUCCGCUUACUUUGCUAGACUAUUUUAAGGAUCAAAGCAAAACCACUCGAUUGUGAUACCGAAAUUUUUGACUUCCUUUAAACUACUACGUGCUUGACUCGAGCAAAAAAAAAACACGUUUAGCUUUUUGUAUCGUAGAACGAAUAAACCAGCAAAGUACCAUAUCAAACCUCUAUAUCGGCUGAUUAAUUACAAAGCGCAAAAUUGUGAUUUUAAAAUCUACACAGUGAUUUAAUUCCGAGCAACGUAACAAAGAAAGGAAAAAAAGAGGCGAGCAUUACGCUAUCGCAUUGUGUGGGUCAAUUCUGCUCGGAAGUGUCGCCUCGCUAGCGGGGAGGCUCUAGGCGGAAAAGCGCGAUAAGGUCUAUUCAUCGAUUCCACCGCUGGACGAAGGGCCAGCAACAGUGGGAGGGCUGACUGUUGGAGUGAAACAACAAAAUAUAGAAAAAAAAAUAAACAAGAGCACACGAAAGAGAAUCGUCGUUGUCGUCGUCGUCAAUCGCAAAGCAAAAGGUUGAUUAUAUAACAUCAGCGCAUUCGGAAGCGGGUAUCCUUGGACACAGUAGGAAGCUGGAACAAGGGCAGUGUCGGGUGUAAAAGGAAGGAGAGGAAAUAAGGAGGAGGAGGUGAAAAAUAUUUGUCUCUGUGAUAACUAGAAUCCGCCGCUCGCUAGGACGAGCCCCGAAGCGGUGUGUUGCAUUGCCUUUGUGGGAAAAAAGGAACUGUUUGCUUGGAGAAAAACUCCGGAAGUCAAAAGGAUAAAUGCAAGUUUGUGAUUGUGAAAAGCGGUGGUCGUUGAUAUUCCAGUUUUGGAAUUCGGAGAGACAUGCUUAUUGUAAUCGCUAAUUCUAGAAGCGACGAUCAAUCUUUGGUCGCGGCAUUGUCGCACGUGACGAAGGUAAACGGAAGGUGCGAUGAAACGAUUCGCCACCGUUAUAAAGACACCACUCGCUGUAAAUUGUAAUCACAUUCAAUAGAAGGUGUCCUCAAUUUGCAUCACAUAUCAUCAUCAUCAUCGUCGUCGGUAGCAGUAGCCGAUAAUAAAUGAAUAGCCUCGCUGUCCCGUUCGACUCAUCGGGAAACAUCCUCCGGAUCAAGAAGAUUAUUACUGUGUUGCCGGAAUGGCACAGAAGAAAACAUGUUUGCUCGCAAACACAUCUUAUCAACUAGUGUACAAUAUUAGUCGUUAUUGUUGAUGUUUGUUGGUGUUGUAUUUGUUGAACGAAAGCUGGAAGACGCUUAUUUUUGCACCAGAGAAGCAGAAGAUAUCACAGCAAGGGUUACAUACCAGCCAUGGGUAAUGGAAUGAACAAGGUAACGAUUCCUUCAAUCCUGCCGCUGAUGCGGGUGGGAAUUGGGAGCGGUAUUGUGGGCACUGAAAAACAGCAGCUUGUGAGCAGUAAUUGGAAGUGAUGCCCGGGUUGUACGUGGGUAACUACCGCGACUCGAAGGAUUACCAACAAUUAGACCGUCAUCAAAUCACGCACAUAGUAUCAAUACAUGAUAGUCCAAGGCGUUUCCAUCCGGAUAAACACUACCUCUGUGUAAUGGCCGCUGAUACACCGGACCAGAAUCUGUCGCAGUACUUCGCGGUCUGCAACGACUUCAUCCAUGCCGCCCGUCUCAAGGAAGGCAACGUGCUGAUCCACUGUCUGGCCGGAAUGUCCCGUUCCGUUACGGUCGCGGUGGCAUACAUCAUGUCUGUCACGCCACUCAGCUGGAAGGAAGCCCUGAAGGUGGUGCGCGCUGGCCGCGCCAUAGCCAAUCCGAACCUUGGCUUCCAGAACCAGCUGCAGGAGUUUGAAUGCAUCAAACUGCCAGAUGAACGAAAGCGUCUCAAGGAACGCUUUCCCAGCUUAGCUUUGGAAGAGAAUGAUAGAGAACAGUGUUAUUUAGCCUUAGACCAUUAUGAAACUUUGUUAGAGAAUAAGGGUGUUUGUGAAGGCCAAUGCAAAUUCGGCAAAGACUGUCCAACAGGAAUCUGCCGCUCGGAUUCGCGGAGCUUCCGCCGGAAGGCAAGCUCAGUAUCAUCGAAAAAGCAAUAUAAUCUUUCCUCGUCGCCAUCGACUUCGUCCCAGUUGUCGGUGCGAAGUACUGUUCAAUCCUGUCCGACGUCGCCCCGGAAUUCGAAAAACGGCGGCGGCCAGCGCAAUAAUCCUCGCUCGACCGGAGAUUAUUCCGCCGAGAUCGACCUUGGCGAAAUUUCCGAGCUCCGUCGCAGCUCCAGCAUCGUUAGUACCUUCAGACCUCGCAGCAGUCCAGCCGGUUUGUACUCAUAUACGGGAUCAGCGCCACCUUCCAUCCAUGGUUCACGGGUCGACCUAUCGGGCGGUGUCAAAAAUACCGGCUCGGCCAUCUACCUAGGCACCAGCAGUCCCUCCGGAAGCCCCUCGCCAGGGGUCAGUCGUCGCGUGAGUCUUAGAUCAACGCCGAAAUCCUCCCAGGACACAUCGCCCAAACCUUCACCGAAAAGAACCGUCUCCUCGAAAGCCUCCACGGCAACGCCAGCCAAAAUCAACAACAGCAAUAAACUUAGCGGCAGUCUGUCCUCGGUAAAAGCUGCCGCUUCCACCGUAUGCUCAAAAACUAUCCCCAAACAACCGAACGGUCCCGCGGGCUCCAACUGCACAAAUGCCAUCAAUGCUAAGCCAGCCGAAGAGGUGUCGUCAACACUAACGAAUUCCACGGGAAAACCCAACGGUGGUAAUAAAAAGAUAGUGACAGCCAGCAAAAAAUAAAGCUUGAAUUAUGAAUGCUUGUUGAAGAGAUAACUCAAAAAUAAAUGCAGCCAUACUCAAAAUGAAAAAAAAGGAUCACAAAUCCGAACAAAGCAAAAAUCAAAUGUCGAUAUUUUGUCUAUAUAUUGAUUAUAUUAUACUAUAUUUACCACAUCGCAAACCGCACACGUCUCACAAAGUGAAACAUUUGGAACAAAUAAAAGAAUACAAACGUAGAGCGGAUUGAGAGAUGAAGAAUCGCAACGCAUAAUGAAACAGAGAUAUUAGAUAAAAAACGAUAUCAGUUGAAGGAAUGGAACGAAACGAAUGAAGUACUCCACAGUAUAUUUAGUACUUUUGUGAACUUAUAUUUUAUAUGAAAAAAGAUGCAACAAUAAAGAGUACCUUGUUUUACCGGCUUGUGUC